AUGUCCGGGCUCGUGACGGACGCCGCGCGCCUCGCGGGGCUCGCGGAGGGCGCGAGCAGGCUCACGUCGAUGGAGGUCAUGCGCCACAGAGUCUCCGACCUCGAGGGGAAGAUGAAGCUGCGCGUCAUCGUCGAUCACGAGUCAGGCCGCGAGGAGCAGGUCCCGAUAGGCAUCCUGGCGCGGAGCAUAGAGCGGUACGCGACGAUGCUGGUCGCCGGGCGGGACGGGCAGGGCGGCGCGGGGGUGCCGGGCGACCUCGACGGCCGCAUCCACACCGCGCUGCGGGCGCUCGACAACCUCGUGUCGGUCGCCAACCACGGCAACGCGUACGCGAAGCACGUCCGGGCGUUCCUCGGUGACAAGAGCCCGGGGCACGGCGGGGGCGGCGCGACGGUGUCGGAGCGCAUCGUCGAGCUGUGCAUUUCCGUCACGUGCUGGAUCGCGGCCCAGCCGAUCGAGACCGCGGACGGCCGCGCGUGGGGGCGGGGGAAGGACCGGUGCUCGAGCGCGGUCCUGGCGCUGAGCCUGCUGCGGUCCGUCCUCUCGGUGCGCUCGGACCGCGUGCUGAGCCAGGACGAGGAGGACGAUGUCGCGCUGCUGUGGAAGGAGGUCCCCGCCGCGUUUCUGAAGGCUGACGUCAAGCGGAAGGGGGGGGUGCUGCGGGCGUGCUUCCAGUCCUGCGCCAACAUGCUGCAGAUGGUGAGCGUGUGCCUGAAGACGGGCAUGAAGAUGCUGGAGGAGGGCGAGGACGCGGACUGCGGGGACUCGAUCAGCGGCGACGAGGAGGACGAGCCCGAGAACACCGACUCUGCACGCGCCCGCGGGCGCGACGUGGUCGAGGCGGCGUGCGCGAUGGCCAAGCAGUGCUACCGCGCGCUCGACGACGUCUCUAGCUUGUGCGCGGUGCCGGACUUCGCGAAGCGCGUGCUGUCCACGCGCCCCUCGGACGUGACGACCGUCGUGGCACAACUGGACAUUUUCGGGAGCGCCCUGGCCCUGCACCGGCGCGUGCAGGACGGCGCGGCGCUCCUGCUGCCGCCGGUGUCGCUGCACGGGCUGUCGCGCGACGCGGCCCCGCACGAGGACGCGUCGAAGCCCGCGGCGCCAGCGGAGACGCUGUCCGCGCUCGAGCUGUGCGCGGCGCAGGGGCUCGCGUGCUGGCAGGUGCUCGCGGAGUACGCGGGCGAGGGCGAGGACGAGCCGUGCGGGCCGGACGUGUACUGCGAGAGCGAUCCGGAGGGUUGGGCGCACGGGAAGGUCAAGGAGAGGAACGCGGAGGUGAUGGCGACGCUGUUGGCGGAGUGCGCGGCGUGCAUGGAGCCGGACGUGUGCACGGGCGACAACCGCGCGAUGGGCCGGCCGCUGCUGCCCGGGACGGGCCAGGCGGACCUCAACCUGAUGCGCGUGGUGGAGUUGUUCUCCAACGACACCAACUACCGGCGGGAGAUCAUGGACGCGCUCGCGGGGCCGUGCGCGCGGCUCCUGGCGCAGCCGAUGGAGGUCUUCCGGUCGUACUGGUGCAUGGGCCGCGCGGCGAUCGACGUCCACCGCAGCGACUGGGAAGAAGUGUUCAGCGUCACCGAGACGUCGAUCUUCCACCGCGCGCGGACGCUGCACGCGGCGGCGAAGCUCAUGGGCCCGACGAACAACAUGCACGAGAGCCUCGCGCGCGGGUCGGCGCUCGCGCGCUGCAUCUUGCUCUUCAAGUUGCUGGGCAACCUCAAGAGCUAUUACGAGGGCACGUGCGAGGAGUACCUGCGGACGUACUUCGUCGAGCAGCUGGCGGCGCGGUGCCGGGACAUAGACGGGCAGAAGGGCAAGGAGAUCGAGGACGCGAUCCAGCAGCUGAAGAGCGGGAACUUCAAAGGCGGCACCGGCAAGACGCGCAGGAUCAAUGCGAGCUCGAAGACGGGGCGGCGGAUCCUGCGCAGCCUGCAGCGCGCGGACGCGCAGCAGAAGAAGCGGCAGAAGAACCGGAAGCACCCGGCGGUGGAGGCGUGCGUGUCGUGCAACGUGCUGGUCAGGGCCUGCGUCAAGGUGCAGCGGGUCAUGCGCGACGACGGCGAGGCGAUCAUGACGGACGAGGAGGUCGACCUGACGCAAGCCGUCGCGGACGCGCUCGCCGAGGAGUUCCCGGACUUCGCGGUGGCCAUCUCGCGCGCGGUCGCGGAGGUGAAGCGCGAACCAGAGGACGUGAUGUUCGGGGCCCUGAGCGCCGCGGGCACCGUCGCGAACCCGAACAAGUGGAAGAUCCCGAACAUCGCGCACAGGCACAUUGAGGUGGUGUCGGCCGCGGAGUUGGAGGAGGAGGUGGAGAGCUACAGGGAGGACGUGGACUUCCGGCGCAUCACCACGGUCGGCACGCAGAGGGUGAUUGACGACCAGGACAUCAUGGACAUGGACGACGACGCGCACGACGACGUCGAUCCGCACGGGCACGCCGCGAGCUCGGACUCGGACUGCAUCGUCCGCCUUCCAAACCGGGGCGCGAAGAAGCGGACGCGCAAGACGAAGAACGGGGAGGCGGCGGGGGGCAAGAGGGCGCGGAAGAAGAAAGGCGACGCGGAGGACGGAGCCGAUGCGUAG